CGCACAAAUCGUUCUCGGAUGUAGUUUGUUAAAUAGUCGCUUCGUUUUUUUUUUUGCAAUAAAUAAAUAAGUGCCGAAGCAAAUAAAUAUUUAAAUUUUUGAAUUAUUAUUUCACAGUCUAAAUAUUCUUCAUAUACGAGUAUUCAUACUCACUAUAUCUUUUAUAAUGUGUAUAUUUUUGUGUUAGUCGUACUCUUUAUUACUACUUAAUCUUUACCUAUUAUUUAAAAGUAUUUAUGCAAUAUACGCGUUCGGGUGUAAAUGAUUGUUAUUUAAACUGUGGUGUUCGGUCAUAAACACAACUCAAAUACUGCAGAUUGUUCUCUCCUUCGCAACUAUAACAUUCCUUAAUAGUUCAAUUAUUCCAACAUGACGAAUGCGUUGUUGAUUUCGCUAAUUAGCGCUUUGUUAGUGACUGAAAUUUUUGCAAACCCUCUAAAAUCUGCUCCAGCUACUGAGUUUAUAAUUCUGCACAAUAAUGAUAUGCAUGCUCGCUUCGAACAGACCGGUAGAGAUAGUGGAAAAUGCUCACCAGAAGAUGCUAAUACAAACAAGUGCUAUGGUGGCUUUGCUAGAGUAGCUUAUGAGGUUCGCAAAUAUCGCGACGCAGCGAAGAAUGGUGGAACCCCAGUACUUUAUUUGAACGCAGGUGACACAUAUACAGGCACACCUUGGUUUACUGUUUUCAAGGACAAUAUAACUGCAGCCUUUUUAAAUAAAUUGGAGCCUGACGCUAUUUCUCUAGGUAAUCAUGAAUUAGAUGAGAAUGUUGCAGGCUUGGUGCCUUUCCUCAAUGAGGUGAACUUUCCUGUAUUAGCUUGUAAUUUGGAUCUCACUGGUGCACCUGAAAUAGCAACCACAAAACAUUUUGCGAACUCCACGAUACUAACUGUCAAUGAUGUGAAAGUUGGUAUUAUUGGAUAUUUAACACCAGAUACGAAAUUUUUAGCAUCUCCAAAUGCUGUGGAAUAUAAACCAGAAAUUGAUGCCAUAAAUGCUGAGGCGAAAAAAUUGAAAGCGAAUGGUGUUAAUAUUAUCAUUGCUUUGGGACAUUCUGGCUAUCAGAAGGAUAAAGAAAUUGCAGAACAAUGUCCUGAUGUGGACAUUGUUAUAGGCGGUCAUACCAAUACAUUUUUAUAUAAUGGUACGCAACCUGAUAUCGAACGCAUUGACGGCCCUUAUCCAACAAUGGUGAAGCAAAAAAGUGGUAAAAAAGUACCAGUUGUUCAGGCAUACGCUUACACAAAGUAUCUUGGUAAAUUGCAUGUACAGUUUGAUAAAGAUGGAAAUCUUGUUAAAUUUGAUGGUAGUCCAAUAUUAUUAAACGCGUCAGUUCCUCGAGAAAAUGAUGUUUUACAAUUAUUGGAACUUUAUAGACCGAAUAUCACUGCCUUAGAGCAAAGUGUUGUGGGGCAUACUAAAGUCUACCUGGAAGGCAGUAGUAAAGUUUGUCGUAAACGGGAAUGUAAUUUAGGAAACUUAGUUGCUGACUCAAUGGUGCAUGCACGUGUUUCUGAAAAUCAGGGCGGACUUUACUGGACAGAUGCAGCGAUAGCAUUUAUAAUGGGAGGAGGAAUACGUAAUUCGAUAGAAAAACGUUCUGAUGGUUCCAUUACCGAGACUGAUGUUAUGUCUGUUUUACCUUUUGAGAAUGAUUUGUAUGUUACAAAAGUAACUGGAAAAACUAUUCGCAAUGCUUUAUUACGCUCUGCAACUAUACGUGAUAGGGAUUCAAAUGGUGGAUUUUUACAAAUGUCAGGAAUCCACGCAACAUACGAUUAUAGUAAAGAUGAUACUGUGAAUGUAACAUCAGUAGAAGUUCGAUGUGCAGAUUGUGAUGUUCCUAUGUAUGAGGCAUUGGAUGAUACAAAAAAAUAUAAUAUUGUUUUGCCAAGUUUUUUGUUGGAUGGUGGAGAUGGACAUGUAUUCCGUGAAGAAGGCGUUAUCCCGAUACGCUUACAAAAGAAUGAUUUGGAGGCACUUACACAAUAUCUAAAGGAACGUGAAUUUAUUUAUCCAGAAAUUGAGGACCGAUUAGUAAUAAUUGAAAAGUCUUCUGCCAUUACAUUAAUUAGUUCAUUAUCAAUUGUGUUGAUUAAUUUAAUAGCUUUGCGUUUAGUUUUUUAAUAAAAUAUUAAAACAUUGCAAAUUUAAAAACUUAAU